UUUUUUUUUCUGUAUUGGCGCCGGGACAAAACCUUACUGUCUGUGGAGAGGAAUAAAGGAUCUCCUGGAUCGGACUCAAAUCAUAUGUAUCGACGCCCUGGUAGUGCAUCAACAUCGCUUCUCAGCUCCCUCAUCACCAUCAGGCGAGCUUCAUUCAUCUUCUUUCUUAGACAUUCAUUCCAUCUCAUUCGAUUAUUAUAAACGUCCAGCUAAACUCUUCUGCUGUUGACUGCCGUCAUUUUGGAAAAAUUGUGAACACUCCUCAAAGAGCCCUUGAAGGCAGACCCCUAUCCUCCUGUCCACCGCGAAGAGUCCUCGUCGACAAAGAACAAUCAAUCUUUUAGCUCCCCGUCUGGAUCAGCAGAGUGGACAUUAACAGCUGUUCAACCUUGGUCAAGAUACAACAAAGGCGAGAAAGGAUUAAAGCAAUCAGAGAUCUACUACAUCAUGGCCGUCAAUAACCCAUCCCUAUCACCACCAGCACAACAGCAACGAACGACAGAGAUAUCGAGUUCACAGCUAACAAAUCCCCCGACCACCCAUCUCGCCAUGGAAGCACCGAAUAACUGGCUGGAGCCCUCAAUGGAUGCCAACUCUACGCUCAGCUCUCAGACGGAUACUAGAAUUUCGAAUGACGAUGAUGCCAUCGCACGCCAUAAACACUAUCUCCAAUACCACCAGGACAUCUUCAACCACCAACAACAGCAAGCGGACGCCGACCGCUGUCUCGACCUUAACAUGUCUCGAUGCAUGUCUCCGCCAAUAUCUUGCCGAGUGCGAUCUGUUUCUUCGCCGGCCCUUUCACAAUCGCUCACUCCUCGGCCACUCCGGGUGAGGGCCAGGAGUUGCCUUGCUGUCCAACCAGAAGAGGAGAUCACAGAUCAUAUUGAUACCUUUGAUUAUGGGCCACGCGCUAUCGACGAGGAAGAGAUUGCACUGGAGUACGGCGCAAGGCUGGCUGCAGCCCGGGCUGUGUCUAUCCAUGGAGCUGCUCGUAUCGGGAGUGGAUCAAAUGUUUCUCAGGAUCUGGGGGCCGCCUUUGACCAAGAGGAAGAGGAGAUCGAGAUCGAGGACGAAAAUGACAACUGUCUAUCGGGCCUAUGUAUCCCUCAGUCGCGGUUUUUUCUGACAAGUGUGAUAUGUAGCAACACCAUGACUCGGGAUGGACUCGGUAAAGGGGGACCAACUUGAGGAAGCAAGCGGAUGAUGGUUUUGCGCCAGAGAAUGGCUAUUGACU